UGGCCACACCCACAAGGAAACUCCUGUCAGGCAGACUCAGCAGGCUGUCAGUCGGCAUCAGAGCACCGCAGAAAGGAGGAGGAACAGUCUCCAAACUUCCAGCGGAACAAAGAGGAGUUUCCUGCUUCGUUGGAGAAACUCCGGCAGCUAAUAGAAGAAGAAGUUCACAUCCUAGAAUCAUCCAUUGUUGAUCAGGGUUUGGUGUGUGAGGACACGACAGGAAAAGAGGGACUGUUGGGAUUUGCUGUUCUGAGCCAAGAAUUGACCUUUCACCUCCAGCAGUUGCAGAGACAGACAGAGCAAGAGCUCCGCAACAUACGGACACAACUCUUUCAGAUUGAAGGCCGCCAGCAGCUGCUGACCACUGAGCUGUUUGAUCUUCAGAAGAGGAAGAAACAGGCGGAACAAGAGCUGAAGAGAAACUCCUGCCUUCAGACAUCCACACUUCAGUUGUCUGCUUGUCGGGAGCUUCAGGACUCGAUCACUGAGCAUUUGGUCCAGUCUGAGAGGCUGGUGUUCCAGGAGGAGGCACUGAGCACGCUCCAUAAUUUACUGACCCAAGACUUGCAAAGGUACCAGGAAGAGAGAGAGAAACUGACCCAUUUUGCACAGAAAAUACUCGGAAAACCCCACAGGGCAGACGGAGAGGAAACCUUUACCAAUAGGCAGAGCGAAACCAGCAUGCAGGGAAAGAACGAGACAGAAAACAACAUGCACACACCCGAGUCGUCUUCCGUACAAUCACCACUUAGUCCUCAGCAGACUACCACCAAAGAAGAGUCACAGCAGGCCAGGAGAGCCAGUUAUAAGAGACCAGUAGGCCUGACUCGCAGUUCAGUGCAACGAGCAGGCAGCAUCAAAGACCUGAUUACUAGGUUCUCAGGUCCGGAUCACCAGGUCUCACCUUCCGGUUCUCCACAGAGCCCUUUUAUGGGAGCUGAACGAGUCCAAAAGUCGGCUUCGAUGGAGGCUCUGGAGUCUUCAAAGUCAAGUCCAUCCACACCGAUCAGUAACAGUCAAGAUGGAAGUUCUAUUCCCAGCAUCAAUGUGACUCCACCCUUCAAGGAAACCAUUCAAAAUGGAGUUGGACCAGUUCAGAAAGGUUCCACAACUACUCAGAUAACAUCAAGAAUCAAUUUUCCAGUAGUGGACGGUGCUGAGUCAAGAAGCCAAACAAACACUGGUAGAGACUCAGUGGCUGACUCUGGAAUGGGAUCGGAGUCAGAACUGGAUUCAAACAAGCAGCUGGACAGCCCAUCAGAGGAGGAACCCUCCACGCCCAAAGCAAUGAUAAUCAGCCAGAACCCGAAAUAUCAGCUGUACCUCAACAACGAUCUGAAGACCAACGGGUUGAGUGGCAGGGAUGCAGAUGGUCCAGGAAGCGGCGGAGGGUCAAUCGGGGAGAAUGGCCCCAGGAUGUCCCGAUGGGAGACCACCCGGAUUGGGGCGAACCAUUACAAAGGGUCCCUGGAGUGUUUGGCCUCACGAGAUUGGGACACUAUGUCUGACAGGUCAUUGACACGUGCCCAGUCCUGGAUGAAUCUCAAAAAACAGAUGGGUGUCAUUGACAGCCCCCCCAGAGUGUUUAACAGUCCAUACUCCCAAGCCACCUCUUUGGAGUACAACCCCCCUUAUCGAAUGUCUGAAAAGGGUAAACUGUCUCCUGCCACAUCUGAGAUGAACCUGUACACCUAUAACAGUCGCAGCACGAGUCCGGUGGGCAUACAGACGCCGACCCUCAUCUCCGCCCGCCCCCGUUUCUCCACCUACGACACUCUGAGGAGGAGGACAGAAGUCGUCAACACGGUGGUGCCCACACACUACAGCAUGCGCUCUUCCACUCUAGGAGCACCCAAUAAAAAAGACUACAUAGCAGAACUGACCAAGCAGCUGGAGACCAUUCAGAGACGCAACCAGUUCCUGGAGGCAGAGAGUGUGGAGAUGGAGAAGGAGAGGAACCAGAUCAGGUUUGAGAUGCGCGGCCUGCUGGUGAACAACGAGGACCUGCUGAGAACAAACACACAGCUGAACAACGAGCUGAAGCGGCUGAGGGAGCAGAUGAUAGAGAUGGAGAGAGAGAAUCAGUCCAUAGGGGAGCGGUUCAGAGAGAUGGAGAUUGAGGUGAAGCAAGCAAGAGAGGUGAUGGUGGAGGCCAACACUCAGGAGUACGCCUUCAACUUCCUCGAGCAGUCGCUCAAAAAUAGGAUCCAGGAUGCUGAGGAAAAUCUGGACAAGCAGACGCAGCACGCUCAGACUCUGGCUGAGAAGUUGUGGCUGGCAGAGAGACAGCUGGAAGACGUGGAGAGUGACAAAGAAAGCAAAGAUAAGAAGCUGUCUGACCUCAGCAACACCAUCCUCAGGCUGGAGACUGAGCUGGGUGAGGCCAUGGCGGUAUCCACUCAGGCUAAUGCAGAUAUGAACCUGCAGCAAAAGCUGCGUGAGGAUGCCCAGAUGAGGGUGGACGAGCUGGAGGAGUCCCUGCUGGAGAAGGAGCAGGAAGUGCAGAAACUGCAGAUCCUUGUGACCAAACUGCAGGGAGAGGUCUCUGGUAAGCUGUUCGAUAGAGAGCGGUCGCUGGAGGAGGAGAUUCAGCUGAGAGAGAGGCUUCAGCUGCAAUGUAAGCAGGCAGAAAGGACUGUGGACGACCUCACCAUGGAGCUGCACAGCACGAACCAAACCAGAGACGACCUGGCCAAACAGCUCAAACUGGCUCAGGAGAAGAUAAUCGACCUGGAGAGUGAUCUGGAGGAGCUGCAUGACAGCGAGCAGAGAUGGGCCGCCAAGCAAAAGAGAGCCAUCGAACAGACCGAGCAGCUGCAGCUGAAGCUGAUUCAGGAGAAAGAUUUGAAUGAGCAGCUGGAAGUUGAGAAAGUGUCAAUGGAAAGACAGCUGCGUGAGCUUCGUCUGGAGGUGGAGGAACUGCGGAGCAACAGAGUUCAGGAGGAUGUCAUCUCUAGGACGGAGAUCAGAGUCAAGGAACUGGAGAACUUACUGAGGGUUGAGGAGAGGAACAAAGCAACUCUGUCAAACACCAUCAGUAAGCUGGAGAGGAAGAUCAACGAGCUGAGUGAUCAGAUGGAGGAGGAGCACCGGAUAGCUACUGAACAGAAAGACCUGAUGACCCAGAGGAUCCGCUCUCUGAAGCGCCAGCUGAAUGAGGCUGAGGAGGAGGCAAGCAGGAAGGAGGCACAGUACCGGCACACCCAGAGAGAGCUGACUGAGGAGAGGGAGACAACCAGCCGCCUACAGAAGCAGCUGCUUGACCAACACCUGCAGACCAAGCGUAAGGAGACCAUGACAAUCCGUCAGACUCUGGAUAACCUGAGGUUGGACCUGAGUGACGACGACGAUGAUCUGACACUGGAAAAUAGUACAAAUGUCACCAAAGUCUAAAAACCCCCUCACUCUAAAUUCCCUCAGCGGGAAACAUGUGUAUAACCAAAUGAGAAGAUUUUUUUUCCUUCCAGGCUUUAUUGUUUGUUUGUUUUUAAACAGGAAAUGUCCACAGGAUAGUCACUCUUUAAUACCAUCAGGAAAAUUACAUUUCUGAAAAUCUGAAAGGACAAAACAAUUCUGCAUGUAAAUGCACCACAAGUCCUGUACUUUACUGUGUUAGCUCUGUUGUGCUAAAAGCUGAAAUGCAUUUUUUUCCUUUACAUGCUCUCCGUGUUUGCUAAAGUGUGAUUCUCUGCCCACAUUUUAAAUGUUAAUUCAAAGGGUAGUAACUCUUGUUUGUCUUACCUGGGAGUGGCCCAGUGAAAACAAUUUCUAAAGCAUCUCCUAAAAAACUUGUGGACUUGAUCGCCCUCUUCUGUUGAUCAGGAAGAAAUUCAACCGUCUAAAGUGAACGACAGAAUCACCUGGUGGACUUUCUGCCUCCCUGUUCUCCUUAAAGCCACAAUCUGCUCGUUUGCCAAAGAAAAUAAACCUACAGGAGUUUGCUGCAGAGACAUGUUGACACUUAUACUGCAAAAGAUGUAACUGCUGUGACAUCGCCCACCUAUCAUUCAGAGCAGUCACACCCUUAAACAAACUUGCUUUAAAUUAUAAUAAGUUAUGCAAGUUGCAAGUUAUGCAAAAAAAAGUUUUAAACUCAUUUCUGAGGGAAAGCCAGUUCCUGCUUGAUAUUGACCCAUAUUACGGAAAUAUUAUUUAGAGUACUGACAUAAUAGGGAUUUGAUUAAGGUGCUGUGUAGUUUUGAAUCCAGUUGUUCCACCAGUUGUUUUAGAAUGAGCUUUAGAAUCAGAGCUCUCCAGUCUCUCAGCUUUUGUAUUAUUUGAUGGCUCUUUAAUAGCAGUUCUUUCCUAAAGAGGGUUUUUUCUACAUUCAUACAUGCAGUAUUUGGAUUCUGACAUAUUAGAAGAAAUAGCAAGAUAAAUCUGGUACAUGUGAGGGAUCUUUAAGUAACUGUGUAAUUCAAAUCAAAGCCCAUUAAGCAAUUAUUUAUAUGAAGUGUGUGUAUGUGUGUGUGUGUCUUAUGUUUGAGUUUUUUUUUUUUUUUAUUAUUAUUUCUUAGUGGGGAAAAGUUUUUAUUUUAUAGAAAAAAAAAAAAAAAAUACAGGAGGACUUCCGAGUUCAGUUUUGGGUAUUUUGGGGGUUUGCUGCUGUAUAGAUAUGACCUAUUGUGCCUCCUGCAUGCUGUACAUGAGAUAAGCUUCAAGGCUAAGAUUUAUUUCAAAAAGAGGACAAAACGAAUGAGGUGUUUACUCUGGUCUUUUUUAAACAUGUAAAAAUGUGUCGUAUUGAGGAGGGGAAAAAAGAUUACGUAUGCAGAAAUGAGUUGGAUUCACAAAAGAAAAUCCUUUUUCCUACGAUUACCUCAAUUACUUUCUAAUUUAUAUAAAAAGUCAAGAUUCUGUAAUGAGACAGGAAAUCAGAACUUUAACCCAAUGUUUCUUUUGCACACUAACUGAAAAAUUACAACAUUCUGAUCUCGUAACUUACCUUUGCAAUUUUAUAGUAAUGCAUUUUUUUCUUUUGUGAAUGCAAUCUUCAUUCAUGUAUGUAUUCUGAUUUUGGUUUAAUAUUCUGCAUAAUUUUAUUUGGAGGAUAGUUUUGUUUUUUAAGAAAACCAAGCAUUCAGACAAAAACAAACUAGAUUGUUGAAUUAAAAUCAAGAGUGGAAUAUUAGCAUAUUUUACAGUCAUUCUCAGAUAUCAGUAAUAUGCAAAAAGUAGUUUGAAGGAUGUCUGUUAGAAAUAUAUUAAAAGCUAAUAUUCACACACAAUUUUAAUUCCCUGCUAUGUUUACAUUUUUUAUGUUUUUAGCUUGUUUGGAAACAGGAGUUUAAAUCACAAGUUUUGUCUAGGUUGCUGUAUCUCAGCUAUAAUAACUACACUACUGCAUUUUUUUUUUCCUCGUAGCAAAAGAAAAUGAGGGUAUCUACAGAAAUGUAAAAAGAAACUAAAUAUGCUGACUUAUUUUUGUAACUAUACUUCACACGGUUCCACUAUUCUUGGGUAUUUAUUUUUCCGUUUUCUCUUUUGGUGAGAAGUUUCUUACUACAAGAUAAAAUAAAUUCUUCUGCACUGUGAAUUUGAGGUGUUCUUUUUUUUUUGCGCUGUUUUUGAGAAGUAAAUGACUUAAUGGCCUUUUCUGGGGAGAAGUUACUAAAAAUAUAACUGCACAAUAACAGAGUUUAGGAUUAAAUUUGAUGUAAUGUUGUUCUGCAUUAGUCAAUGAAAUACAAAAAACUAUACUUUUGCCAACUUGCUUUUCAAAUACACAAUGCAUAGAAAAAAAACCCUAUUAUAACCACCAUUUUAUUUUCAUGUAGCUGACUUCAAAUGUGCUUUGUUACAUUUUCUAUUUUGUGUAGGUAAUAAGUAAAGUUUUUAAACCGUUAAAAAAAAUUAAUUACACAUUUAUUAGCACUGAAUUACAAGAGCAUUACCCAUGUAAUGUUGAAAAAAAACAAAAAAAAACAAAAAAACCCUGAAUGGUAGGUUCUGCCAUUGCAUGAUUUACAAUUAUGAAGCCACAGAUUGCAAGAUUGCUGAUACAGUUUGUCCACUGCAUUUUUAGAAAUCUUGUAAGUAAAACUUUUUCUUUAUAGGCUAGAAAUCUUUAUGUUUAUAAGUGACAAAAAAAAAAAAAAGAAAAAGAAAAAAGUAGUCUUCACUUCAAGGAAAUAUAAACAAGUUCACCAGACUGGGGAUUUCCAGCUUCUCCCCGUGAAAGAACCUCAGUGAUAUCUACGAGGACGAGAUUCACAAAGCAUUAACAAACUCCUUUGUAUUUGUAUCAAUUAACCUAGCAUGACUACACACAAGCAAAAGUACAAAACAAAGACAAAACAUCAGAAAGUUAUUAUAGUACUAAGUUCAUUUUUAAUCAGCUCUCAAGUUGCAAAGUCAAUCAAUCUAUAACAAAUGCUUCGGCUAGAUAAAAUGCAAACAACUGACUCUACAAAGAUACUCAUCAAUACAUACACGUUCAGUUCCGGCUUAUAACACUCUCAAAACCUUUUUGCUUUUUUUUUUUUUUUUUUUUUUUUGUUCCUUUUUACAUUUUACAACUGUUACAAACAAAACACUAGCAUCGGUGUCAAAGGCAACACAAGUAUUAAAAUCAUGACAAAAGAAGCUGAAUCACAAAAAAAAAAAAUUCCCCAAAGUUUUGGUCAAAUGUUCAGGCAGGUUUGGUUAUUUCACCAUUAAAUCUUGAUUUUGGUCUGAUAGUCAAUACCACGGCAGGGCAUUCCUGUCCAGAAGAUUCAAUAACUGGACUGACUUUGGGUUCUGUUUUGUUUGUUGUUGUGAGGAAAAAGUUUUUCCUGAAAUGGAAGCAGCAUUGAGCAUUGCAUAAGAAUAACACAACUAUUUUCCUAAGUCAUAUAAAGAGUUAUCACAUUAAAUAAUAAUCACAAAAAUCAAAAAAUGUAAUGAUAUUUAGUGCUGACUCAGAACAGGACCUACUUUGCGCCACAUUAGGUGAAAACCAAAAAACAAGUUCUGUCAAUUCCAUGAUGUCACAUGGGUUGCAUUUAAAACCAACUUUGUGACAAAUAAAUUGUCUGUUUAUGAGAUCACAAUGCAGGAAAUUGUGUAAUUGUUGUUUUUGUAUGCUUUUGUUCACUUAUGUAGGCAAUUUGCCAAAAAAGACAAUGCACAAUAGAUAAGGUUAAAGAUCAGCAUUAUGGUCUUUAGAUAUUCUAACAAUAUGUGACACAGCACACGAAACAGCCAAGCAAUCAGGAACAGCAAGACUUUCCAAUAUUUCACGUUUGCUAUCUUAACUUGACUGUCUGCAACUAUCUCUGAAAACUAUGUUGGAGAAAAAAGUCAUUUACUGAACAGUUUCUGAUGAAUAAGCAGCAAAUAAAUAAUGUGCUACUUUGCUGAAAAUCCUCGUGCAGCAGACCCCUGCUCAUUUUAGCCACGCACUCUUUAGGUAUGUAACCCAACCUAGGGAGUGAAUGAAAUGUGCCACCUCAAUGAUGCUUUUCUGUACCUGGCCUGUGGUGACACUGCUCUGCAGUGUGAUGAGAACAGUUUCUUGUGAACCUAGUGGAGUUUUUGAAUCGAGGUUAAUGAUUUCCAAAAGAGUAUAUAUCCAUCAAAGUCAUACAAACUACAUGAAAAGAUUGAAAAAUAGAUUUCAUGUAUCAAACAUCAACUUGGAGGAACAUUGUAAACUUUAGCUGGAUUAUGCUGCAUCACACAUUGUUAUAAUUUAUCAAGCUUUGGAGCACAUCUGAAAGUAUUUUUUUUUGCUUUUUCAUGGGGAAAGAGAUGUGUUAAAAAAAAAAAAAGGCAGAAAAUGUAAACUUAGUUGAAUAAGUACUCUACAAUGGCUGUAGUCAAGACAUAGUCACAUUCCCACAGGCAAAAUUCAGAGAAGUGUAUAUAAUAGGUGCGGCCAAUCAUGUCUGCUUCCACAACAUAAAAAUGCAUAUAUAUAAGUUUAAUUCAUUUGCAUGAGCAAUUUAUCAAGGAAGCUAAAAUAUUAACAUAAAGGUGUAAUGAUAAAUGUAUUUGCAACUACCUCCUCCAGACAGAAACACCACACCGCGGUUGGUAUCAGAUACCUUUAUAAUGCAUCUUCGCUGACAAUAAGACGGCAGUGGCCAUCUGUAUCAAGUCGCAGCUGACAUGUCGGGGAAAAAAGAAUAAAAGAAGCAAAACAAAAGCAAACAAAAAAAACAAAAAAACAAAAAAAAAACAAAAAACUGGAUAAAACCAACAAAUUUUUUGCAGCUCCUGCAUCAGAAACACUGAACGCAUCACAGGUCAAUCCAUUCUCAUAGUGUCAAACAUGCUGACAGUGCAACAAACACACAGGCAUCGAUACACACAGUGAAAACUGAACAAACGAGUACAAACUGCAGGCAUCAGAGAGUAUUCACACACAGGAGAUCCAAAAAUAAAAGCUCUUAGAGGUACUUAGAUUGAUUUGUUGUUUUGAUAAAUCUGACAAUACACAAAAAACCCAAAACAUCUGACUUCUGUUCUCUUUUGCCUCUGAUUUAUAAUCUAUAAUCAAUAAUGCAUUAAAAUAUUCAGUAGCUCACAAACUUUACAGAGGAUCAGACAGAAGAGUUAUUAUAACAGGCACAACAUGACCGCAAACAGUGUAAACUUUCAAAGUGAAUUUAAAAACAACACUUAAGACACAAUAGGUUCAUGGAGAAAAUGACGGUCAAAAACAGCAACAAAUGGACCGAAGAUUUAAAAGAGAGACUGAAAUGAAGACAUGAUGAGCAAGAUUGGAAGAAAGGUUCAGGUAAAAACCGACAAUUUGUCCUAGAAGAUUGUCACAAUUAAAGGCAUUGGUUGGGGGAAAUUCUUGCCCAUUUGGAGAAGUGUUAAAAUCUCAAAUACAAAUAAGUUUAGUGUUAAACUGUUUGACCCAAGUUGUGAUUUUGACAUUGUAAAGUUAAUCAAUAUUGAAGCAAUUUCCCUAACUUUAUUAGUCCUAAUAAGUUGCAUGUCAUCUAGUUAAAGUAGUUAAGCAACUGCAUGUCAUGUUUUGCCUCAUAAUUUAUUUUCAUCAAUUUCUUUCAACAAAAAGAAACAUUUAACCAUUCAAGUCAAGAUUUUCAUAAAAUCAACACUUUGUUUUUCUUUAAAAACAGGACUAAUCAAUAUUUCCCUAAUAGCAAUAAUAGACAUGACUAUGUUAAAAACUGACACUCACAGAGAACUCACAAUUAUGCAGCAUGGUACGGAGCUUUUUAGCCUCUUUCAGCUUGUAGUUUUGGUUUUACGGCACGUUUACUACCCGGUUUGGUCUUGCUGCUCUGGCCAGCCCAAACAAUUUCAAGAAAUGGCAGACAGGCAAAAAACAAAGACACAAACAUUAAACAGCUACAAAUCCAGUUUAAUUUAUGGAGGAGACUCAACCAGAGCUAAGAGGAAGGUGAACAAUGGAGUAAAGAAAUACAACUCCAGUCUACAUGCACUAGAUGUGUAAAUCUGGCUACUGAUUGCUAACAUGCAAAGACUGCCACUUGAUCUUCUGCCCUCUAGUGGCCAAACGAUAGUUUUCUGCUAAAACAUCGCUCGCUUCAUGAAUAAAAGGUGGGCCAGAGUAAACUAAUAACCACACAUUUACUUCGUUCGUUUUACUGAGGUUUCUCUUCUAACUAUACUUUCAGACAUAAGUGGCUUGUACAUUAUAACUAUUUUACCCAUACAAACAACUUCUGCAUAAUUUACAACCAAAAUAAACAAUAACACCUGUAGAAAACAUACACGCUGAAAUGGAAAUGCUGCAAACCAGCCUACAAAAAGAGGAUUUUCUGCCAAGUAACUGGGAGACAUCCGAGUCAACGCUUCAUAUUAUCAGCAAAUUAUUGUUGAACAUCUAAAAAUCAAAUAUACUGUAAGUAGCACUUAAAUAUGGCACUGAAAUCAGUUGUUGGCAAAUGAAUAUGUUUAGCUGUCAAGAAAACUAAAGUAGCAAAUAUUUAUUUGAAAAAAAAAAAGUUAUUUAACACACUGUCAGAUUCAAUUUGUGGUUGUUUCUUUGCUUGUUAUAGUGUUAUGUGUAUGUAUUUAUUGUAACUUCUGCUGCUCUGUUGGCCAGGUCUCUCAUGAAAGAGAUUUUAAUCUUAAUGAGAUGUUUACCUAAAUGAAUAAAUGAAAAAAAUAAUAUAUAUACUUCUUCCUAAUGACCCAUUUGUUAAGGCCUGGUCUUUGAUUUGCUUUGAAUGACAGCCUACAGUAAACCCAGCGUGCUACAGCUUUACUCCUCCACAAGUUGGAACAGCUUUGAACUUUCUCAGCUGGUUCACAAAAAUCUACAUUUAUCAGCAGCCAAUCUAAUCUUUUUUUCCUCAAUAUUCUUUGAUCACAUAAGGUGUUAUUUGAUUUAUGGAAAACUGUGAGCUGCACUUUAAACACACACACACACACACACACACACACACACACACACACACACACACACACACACACACACACACACACACACACACACACACACACACACACACACACACA